GGCUCACUUCAUCUGUGCGCUUCAUGGCUGCAGUGUGCACUCGGAUCUGCAUCAGCAACAUAUUCCCGUCCUGCUGCCAGCGACGCCAAAGCGGCAGCCAUGGCAGCGACACUGAGCAUCGUCCAUGUAAACUGCAUGCUUUUGUUUAAGGCUUCUGGCGGUCUAGAGAAGAUUCCUGGAAGGCUCACAGUAUAGUGCAGCAGUAAGUGCUCCUGGCCUUUCUCUCUAGAGGCAACAUGUCAGUUUCUCUCACCCCAAGUAGGAAGCCUUCAUCGGGUCAGCGCAGGCGCUCAGCAGGAACAAGUGGCAGCAGUGCACGAUGCAGCCACUCUGACACGUCCAGCAGCUACCAGCUCAAAGUCAAGGCGACCGAGGGCAGCCUCACACCAAGGACGCAUCCCAGUACACCGAGGCGUCAGGUGAAGCACUCAGUGUGUAGUGACAACCAUGGGAUCAGGCCUCCAACCCCGGAGCAGUACCUCACACCCAUGCAGCAGAAGGAGGUGUGUAUUCGACAUCUGCGAGCCCGGCUGAGGGAGAACGUGGAAAGAUUACAACACAGAGACUGUGAAAUAGACGACUUGAGGACUCAGCUGUACAAAAUGCAAGAAGACUGGAUAGAAGAGGAAUGCCACCGUGUGGAAGCCCAGUUGGCACUAAAGGAAGCCCGCAAGGAAAUCCAGCACCUUCAAGGAGUGGUAGAGUCAGUCAGGACCAACCUGAGUGUUCGAGAAGACCCCCUCAACCAAAAGCCAUACUUACGGUCACAGGACACCAGGCCAGGAGGAAGGUCUCGCUCUUGUGGAUGUUCUCCUGCCAGCACGUUGACCCGCAGUGCCCCUCGUACUCGCUUGAGCACCGAGGCCCUGCAUCUGGAGCGUAGUCCAAACGCGCCUGAGUCAAGCAGAGCAUCACGAGUGGCAGGGCAGGCCCACCUCCUCCUGGAAGCAGCACUUCUGUCCGAGCAGACGCCUCCACAGGGCGACAUCAGAGGGAUGGUGUCUCCUUCUUCCACCUAUGAAAGAGUGUGCAGAGGGGGCGCUGUGCUGCCAAUGUCCCACUCCUGCCAUUCCCUUAGUGGCAGCUGCAGGUGCAGUGGUCAUGCCUAUUUCCCACAUCAUCACUUAUACCUGCACUUACCUCAGGAGGAGCCUCCAGAUACAGUUCCUGUGGCUCCUGCUGCUGACCCAGUCCCAACACCUACUGCUCCAAUGCAGAGGAAACCAGAGUUGCGCUCAAGGGCCUGCAGCCCAACUAUGACUUGGUUGUGUGAGGAAAGUGUCAAGGAGGAGCUGAGUGUCAUUUCUACAACAACAAUGGACCUGACUCCUUCAGAGCAACUUCUCUUUCCAACAUCUGUGUCUUCUCGUCCACUUAGCGAGGAGCCAAAUAAGUUUGUGUGCAUAAAGACGCCUGAAGAGCCCCACGUGUGUCAGCCUCCCCCUGCAGCCCCACUUCCGCUCCCCGUGAGGCAGGAAGCCACCCUGCUGGACAUAGAAGAGGACGCCAAGGAAGAGAAUGAAGAGGGAAAUGAUUUGCACCAGAGGUGUCACUGGAGCCCGUACUUCCUUGUGGAUCUGCUGGCUUUGGCAGUGCCAGUGGUUCCAACUAUGGCAUGGCUGUGUCGCGGGGCACAGCAGGACAUCAUGCCUGUGUAUCAUAUCGGGUCUCUGCUGAGAGGCUGCUGUGCUGUGGCCCUCCACUCGCUCCGCAGGCAGGGUGCAGCACGCAGACGUGCCAGUCUGAAUGGAACAAUAACCUGACUUUGAACACUAAUGCCGACAAAGUCUGCAUGACAAUUGGCCUUAGAGAACAAAAAAUUUAACAUUACUUCAAUUUCUUUCUCUCCGCAGCUUAAUUUUUGCAUGUUGGAGUCCAUCCAAAGCUGCUGUCAGAUGUUUUCUACUCAAAAGACAGUUCACAACAGAACACAAGGUUAUGAUGAAUUAAUUUGUGUAAACUUCUGUUCUUGCUCAAUUUCCCAAAGAAUCGCAUUGGCAGGUUGGCAUUCCUUGGAGAAAAAUAAGUGCUAAAUUUGUACAUGAAUGAAGCUUCAUAGAGAGCACUUAAAAGUGGGAAGCACUUUUUCACCAUGGAACUACUUGAUAAAUCUGUGCAGGCAUUUAUGGAAUGUUGUAAUGGAAGCGCUUUAAAGAUCAGAUUGUGAUAGUCAGUCAGAUAUAUUUUGGAAUGUUGUAUUACAAGGAAUAAUUGGAGUCUCAUCAAAUCAUUAGGAUAACAAAGGAUAUGAAUUUACUCACUACAGCUCACACGCACAACAUUUAGGGAUGAUUGCUUUUAACGGGAAAAGAGACAGAUGCCAACUGAGGUAAGCUGAAAGGCCCAAGGUCAAAUGAAUACACACUUCAAUUAAGUGUUCCAGCAACCAAGUCAUCAAAUGAUCAAUAGUGCAGGUGUUUUGUGUUAGAAAAAUAGAUUAGGUGAUGACAAAAUACAUGUGCUGAAAUCAAAUUGAUCAGAUAAGUUCACUUGACAUGAUCCACUACUAUUUAAAGUUGUCCUGCUGCUGUGCUGCAUUUUUAUCAUGGUCCUGGAAAAUAUUAAACCUGUAAUAGCUUUAAUGUUUUUACAAGUUCCAGCCUUAUGCAAAAAAAAAAUAAUGUUUUGGUUUUCAGGGUCGAGCUCAAUUCAACAGCAAACAGAUCAACAGUCCGCAUGGUUGGACCUGCACAUUUGCACAGGAAAUCUUUGGAGAUGUUUUAGUUGGUUUAAAAAAAAAAAAAAACUUUUACCCUUAAUAUGUAAUAUACCAACAAAAGCAAUGCAAUUGCAAACAAGUAGUAUGCACAACUCUGUAAAGUAGCUUUCUUUGAAUAAGACAAAAAAAAGGCAUCUUCAAAAUAAAAACCAUAUAGUCAAAAAGUUUGUGGUAAAAUUACUCUUUUAUUGUGAAGAGUAAGGACCCAAAUGCAACGUCCACAGCUUGUAACACACAACUCCUUGAAAAAAAUGCAACCACAAACUGCAGGGUUUCAACAAUCCCUGAGGGGGAAAGUCUUCAUGCAAGUGUCAAAAGCUUUUGCCCCCAACAGUUUUUUGUCCCCCACAAAACCUUUUGGCAAUAAACUCCCCACAUUUUACAAGCAACCAUCAAGACAACAACUGUCCAGUUGUGAGAGUCUGAGCAAAGAUCGUUUCACUCUCAUAAAUAAUUAAUAUGGCCAUACAGACAGUCAAUCUAACAUUUGCAGAGACCUGUAGGCAGCUCAUGGCAAAUAUGUGCUUGAUUCGAAAAUUCUAAAUUAUGCCGGAAUCCUGUCCUAAGUAGUCCAAUAACUAAUCACCACAGACAUUCAUAGAAAUCUCUCUGUCAAACAAUGUAUUUUCUUGAAGAAAAUGCACUACCCACAAUCUGGACUGUUAUUGUGGAAAGGCCGCAAAGCCAAAGACCUGUUCAGUUUCUGUAUAAAAACUGACAUGUUUUGUAACUUCUCGAAAA